AUGCGCGGAGGAGGCCCGGAGGUGAUGAGGGACCCCAGUCCGGACAGAGCUGGGAACUCGGGGACGCGUCCGGGGAGUUCUGGGAGUCCUAGAAGGAGGAAUGCGGGGUGGAAGUCAUCGCCCUAGGGCCAGACGAGGCUGAGAGUUGCAGGACAGAGAGACUCCCGACUGGCAGACGGGAGAUCUGGGUUAUGGUCCGCGCUCUGCCGCGGACUCGCUGGAUGACCUGAGGUAGUAACUAUUUCUUUUGGAGCCCCCAGCAGCGCUCUAGCCACAGCUGAGAUUUGCAGGUGUGUAAAGCUGGUCAUGCUUCUACGCUACUUGAUUCAUUUCGUGCCCAGUAACAGAAGAGCCUUCUUGAGAUUGCUGCUACCAUACCUGCCUCUCACCUUCCCAAGGGGCUGAGGCUCCAGAGACCUCGGGGACUUCUUUCAAUACUCACAGAAACCUACACCCUGGUGAUGGCACAAAGGGACUGUUUUCUUGCUCUUAGUCUGAAUGCUGCCAAGAAGGAAGGCAAAGAUAGGACAACCAGAUCUCAGGCUGUCCCCAUAGCUUCUAAUCUCAGACCUCAUUCAACUCCUUUCUGAGCCCAAGGACAAAGCUCUCUUGAACAAAUGAUUUUGAGUCAUGAAUGAAAACUCUUGCUCUUUCCAAAAUGAGAAAGAAUUAAGAGAUGGAGAGGUUGAAAGUGUGUCUGCUCCACCCUGUGACAAGGACAGCAGUGCCCUUCUGGCUUUCAGAGGAAUUCCUAUCUCGGAGUUGAAGAACCACGGCAUCCUCCGGGCCCUGACAACAGAAGCUAAUGGCUGGGAGCCAGGUGCUGUGAGUACAGAGGUGCUCAGAGCCCAGGAAGAAUGGGAAGCCGUGGAGAGCAUCCAGCCAGAGACAGGGAGCCAGGCCCGCUCAGACCAGCCGGGGCAGCUUAUCUCCUUCGGUGAGGCUCUGCAGCAUUUCCAGACCGUGGACCUCUCCUCCUUCAAGAAAAGAAUCCAGCCAACGAUUCGAAGGACCGGGCUCGCUGCCCUCCGGCACCGUCUCUUUGGGCCUCCAAAGCUCCACCAGGGCCUCCGUGAAGAAAGGGACUUGGUCCUGACCAUCGCUCAGUGUGAGUGGUCAAGCAGAGAGCACAGGCCGCCCACCCUGUUGCCGAGACUAAGCCAAGGGUCUUGCCUUUACCAUGUCAGAGGGAGAGCGGGGUGUCUGGAGCACAGGCCAGGUCUCUCCUGGCUGUCCCACUCUCUGGGAGGCACUCAGUCCUCCCCUGAGGGCAGUGCAACAGAGCUUGGGGGCUUUGGGGUAUGUUUUGGGGCAGGUGGCCUGGAUAGCCAAGAUCCGAUGCACGGCCGAGUCCUCCAGACCAUCUACAAGAAGCUGACCGGCUCCAAGUUUGACUGUGCCCUCCUUGGAGACCACUGGGAAGAUCUGGGCUUUCAGGGAGCAAAUCCAGCCACAGACCUGAGAGGAGCAGGCUUUCUUGCCCUCCUGCAUCUCCUGUACCUGGUGAUGGACUCAAAGACCUUGCUGAUGGCCCAGGAGAUUCUCCGCCUGUCCCGUCACCAUAUCCAGCAAUUCCCCUUCUGCCUGAUGUCCGUGAAUAUCACCCGCAUCGCCAUCCAAGCCUUGAGGGAGGAGUGUCUGUCCAGGGAGUGUAACCGGCGGCAGCAGGUAAUCCCGGUGGUGAACAGCUUCUACGCCGCCACCUUCCUCCACCUGGCGCACGUCUGGAGGACGCAGCACAAGACCAUCUCAGACUCGGGCUUUGUCCUUAAAGACUUGGAAAUGUGGGCCAAGAAGAGCCCCCGGCGGCUGCUCAAGACCCUGGAGAUCUACUUGGCCGGUGUGUCAAAGGGACAGGCCUCCUUGUUGGGAGCACAGAAGUGCUCUGGGCAACAAGCCCCUCCAUCCAAGGACCUGACUUUCACAGGCGUGUGUGACUUGCCACCGCCCUCAUCCAAAGGCAGGUGGCUGAUCUGACCCACCCCCACAGCUGACUGACGGGGAGCCUUGAAGGGGCUUUCGGCGGGUGCCCCGUGGCUGGGCCAGUCCCUUCCCACCCUAGCAGAAGGGAUGUAGGAAGCCUGUGAGCCUGGUCAGGGGAGCCAAGGACCCUCACCUGCAUGAGGUACUAGGGGCUGUUCUAUUUGACCCACUCCCUGCAGACCUGCCCCCAGAGCAAGGAGGCCAUUGCCUAAUCGUAGCUGGGCCGCAGCUUCCAGAGUCGAGUUCCAGGUAGUCUCAGUGCGAGUGACUGGUUGUGAGGUGGGAAGCCCUCGGGAUGUUCCACACAGCCCCACGUGGAGGAUGUUCCCAAGCAGAGGUGCUGAAAUUCUGACUCCCCACGGGCUUUCAGGCCCCAGGGGUCCACGGGACAGGGACCAGACGGGGACUGAGUCAGAAUGUGAAGGGAGAGGGUAGCAGUGGCGGCUGACGGGGGGAGGCGGGGGGAGCGGCAGCGUGAACCAGAGCUGCCCCAGAGUGCAGCUGGGCCUGCUGUCCUCCUCCGUCCCCCAGGCCAGUUAGAGGGAGAGGGGGCCCCAGAGGGGGCGUCUCUGGCCUUGCACUCUUCCCCCCCACUCACCACUCCCCAUCCCUCCCCCUCCCCGCCGUUUGGGAUACACAGCCAGGCACAGGGGCGAGGUGUCUCUGCUGCCACCCACCCUGUCGUCUCAUCUAGCUGGGCUCCUGGCGGAGGCUGUGCGGGUCCCAUCAGGGAGGGGUUUCUGGCCUGGCUGAGGGAAGGAGGAAGUUCACAAACCAGCAGUUUCCGAAUAAAAGAGUUGUUCUGGGUUAAGG